AUGUGGCAUGUAGGGCUCCAAAGAUGUGGGAAGAGUUGCAGAUUAAGAUGGACAAACUAUUUGAGGCCUGAUAUUAAGAGAGGAAACUUCAGCUUACAAGAAGAGCAAACCAUCAUUCAACUUCAUGCUCUUCUUGGGAACAGAUGGUCCAUCAUAGCUACUUGCUUGCCAAAGAGAACUGAUAAUGAGAUAAAGAACUAUUGGAAUACACGUAUCAAGAAGAGAUUAACCAAAAUGGGAAUUGAUCCAGUGACUCACAAGCUGAAGACCCUAUGCACAAAUCAAUCCAAAGACACCGCCAAUCUCAACCACAUGGCCCAAUGGGAGAGUGCUCGACUUCAAGCAGAAGCCAGGUUCGUUCGUGAAUCCAAACUUGUUUCCAGCUGCUACCACUCUCAGUUGCAGCUUCGCCACAAAGCAACUGUUCUACCAUCACUAGCACCACCACUACAGCCACAACCACCGUGUUUAGAUAUACUUAAAGUUUGGCAAGGUGAAUGGACAAAGCCCGCAAAAGAUAUGACUACAACUUUUAAUGGCUUUUCCUCUACGUUGAACUUCUCAACACAGAACAAGUUCAGUACUAUUCCUACCACCGUUGGAUUUUUUGACAAUUCAUCCAUGAUACCGAUUAAUUAUGUCGAAAAUUUUGUUCAUAAGACCAAUGGAAGAAUAAUGGAUCCUAUUGAUAAUUCCAGUUAUAUUACAGAUUCUUUAAGUGUUCCGAGUUUCGAGAGUUUUACAGAUCUUCUGCCUAACAUGGACGGUGUUACUGACAACGUUGUUGGAAGCUAUGAUGGAAGUUUUGAAGAGAAUAAGAAUUAUUGGAAUAGUGAACUAAAUUCAGUGGCAUUUCCAAUGGGUUCGCCUGUGUUAUAA